AAAAGCUUUCAAGUUACUUACUUGUAUUUCAGUUGGAUAGCUGUGCUUGGGUUGAAUUUAAGAUUUAAGUUGUAUUUAGGUUGCCACGUUUAAUUUAUUUUGGUCGCCACAUUUAUUUUGGUCGUCACAGAAUGAAUAUGGAAUUGCUUGUGUUGGGAUUAAUAUUAUCAUUUGUUGCUGGUCAACCGUCCGAAGGCACGGAACCUAACACUUGGCCAUGUUCGGAUGGAGUGAACUCUAUCAAUAUAGAUUUCUUGUGUGAUGGAAGAAAUGACUGUCCGGAUUUAUCAGAUGAAGACGAGUUCAACUGUGGAAACACGUGUGAAUUCACUUGCCAUUCUGACAAGAAGUGUGCGUUUAGUUACCAACUAUGCGAUGGUUUUCCUGACUGCAGUGAUUGGUCUGAUGAAUCUGAAUGCCCUGAAACCGCAUGUGAUGGGUUUACAUGUGUCGACUCUGGGCGUUGUAUAAGCCAUCGAGAUGUGUGUGAUCGGUAUAGCGACUGUAGUGACAGUUCCGACGAGAAAGAUUGUUUUAAAGUGACAACCACCACAGCCCACGCUACAACUACAACAACGGUUCAACCCCCAACCACCAUGGCGAGCAUUAACAUUCCGCGAAAGUGCAAGAAAAAUCCGAGCAAAUCGAAGUGUCGUUUAUUUUGGGAAAUUCUUGCAACAAAACUCACAAAAAGAUUCAUACGAAAGUGCGUCAAGAAACCAAAGUCGAAAAAGUGCAAAAAAUGGCGGCCGGUACUUGAAAUAAAGCAGCUUGCAUCACCUUACGACUUCGUACCACCAAAGUGCAAGAAGAAUCCAGGUUUAGGCAAGUGUCAAUCAUUCCUCGUUCACAUUGCGAAACAACUUCCAAAUAAGUUUGUCGCCAAAUGUAAUGCCAAGCCCAACAAACCAAAAUGCAGGAAGUUCCGUGUCGUAUUAAACCUUGUUCCAACAUUUGUUGAAAACUAGUGGUCAAGCAUAACAUUAAUUGGUUUUGGUUUAUAUUGUAACCGACCUUUUCAUCUUCGAUCUUGUGCGCACAAAACAAUAAAUUUAUUUUUUUUCGUACC